UGAGACUCUCUACUACAGCUUACUUUAGUUGCAGCGCACCUAUCAAUUGACUUCAAGUAACCGAACCUUUACCGUAAAAUCAUCGUGACAUAAACUUAAAAAGAGCCACGAUGCUGUCCCCCAUAACUCGAGCCACUGCUCUUUCGUCGGGAAAGGCCCAGGGGUCGACUUUCCAGAGGGCUGCUGCACCGAUGAUGUGGUCCAAGGGCUUUUCAACCACUGCCCCUGGUUCCAAGAAAGCAGCUAUCCUGCUUCAAGACAAGUCUAACGGGUUUGGAUUUGCACGGUCAAAUCCUCGACCAAAGAAGCCGCGAUCACAGGGAGUAACUGAGAUUAGAGGUCCUUAUUACACAGUUAUGGGUAAGAGAUAUCUUGCCGAUAUUCUCGAGACGAUGGGCACACAUGUAGAUGGACUCAAAUUUGCCGGUGGCUCUUUCUCUCUCUUCCCAGAAAAGCCGCUGAGAGAAUUAAUCGACCUUGCACAUGAACACAGCGUCUAUGUCUCAACGGGCGGAUGGGCCGAGCAUCUCCUCACUCAUCCAGACCCAACCUCAGUCUUUGACAAGUACCUCACCAAAUGCGAAGACCUUGGGUUUGUCAUGCUCAACCUUGUUCCAUUCCGGGUUCUGACUUUGCACCACAGAUUCGAUGUUAUUGAGCUUUCGUCCGGAUUCCUCUCGAUUCCUGAAGACGACUGGCUUCGUCUGGUCGAUAAAGUUCAUUCGUACGGCCUAAAGGCGAAACCCGAGCUAGGAAUUCAGUUUGGGGCCGGCGGCGAUACCUCGGCGGCUGGUCUCGAGUCACUCGGCACGUCCGACCCUGGAAAACUGGUGAACCUGGGACGGAAGUUCUUGGAUGCGGGUGUGGAGCGUCUGAUGAUUGAGUCGGAGGGUAUCACAGAGAACGUCAAGUCAUGGAGGACGGACGUAGUGUCUAAGAUCAUGAAGGAGCUUCCGCCUGAACGGGUUAUGUUUGAAGCAGCAGAUCCCCAAGUCUAUACUUGGUACAUUCGAGAGUUUGGCAUCGACGUCAAUCUGUUCGUCGAUCAUAGUCAAAUUGUUCAGCUGUCUGGUUUGCGCCACGGCAUUUGGGGCACUGCAGAUACAUUCGGACGGCUUGUGUCUUUUCGGGCUGAGUGAGUUGGUGGAAACUGCUCAGUAGCUUAAACAAAAUUCAGUCGCGCUGUACCUUAGCUGCUGUACCUUAUCAAGACUGAGUCAAUGCCUUUGAACAUGAUUUCU